AUUUCCGCAAUGACGGUUGAUAACGCGCGAAUUUACCAUUUGAGGCGGGCAAGCGCCAAACUGUAGCUGUGGCGAAUGUGACUCGAGUCUCCUUCUACGACGGCAACCGCAUCGACUCACUUACCGCCAACGAACGAUAUCGAUCGACGAACGCGUCUCGCCACCACCUACCUCUGUCGAUAAAACGAUCUGCUGCGACGUGUGUACUCUGCACUUAUAAAUAACAAACAUUUCAAUUAUUAUUUCGGUCUGCCGCCAACCUGCUGAAAAUCCGAUCGAUCGUCGGACGAGUUUGCCGUCGCGCGUACGUACAAUUGAAAUUAUUUGAUCGGCGGCCGGCGCGCAGCGCACAGUCCUCUCGGUACUCACCCGCUCGUCAUUUCAGUCUCGCCGCGGUCGCGUCAUUGGAAUUUGUCGGCGUCGUCGUCGUGACAUGUUGGACGCCGUACAGACGCUCCGCCGCCGCUGUUACUGCAGUGCCAAGCCGAACCGCCCUCGGCGCGCAACAGCCGACAUUUUUGAUCGCCCCGUGUGAGAGCGGAGCGAGUCCGAGGGAUUGUUUUUUUCGUCGCGAUACCUCUCAGCGGUCGACCGGAGAAGUGAGAACCCGAGACUCGCGUUAAUUUCGUGUAACAUAUUUGUUCCGAUAGUUCGGCGUCACCAUAAUGGCGUUUAACAACUCCGCUCCAGUGUUCGUCGAAGGAAACGCGACUAGCGUCACGAACAGACAUACAUGCAAAAUGCGAAAUAAAAGAAUGUGGAAAUCUUUGCGCGCGCACAUCUUGUCACGUCGAGAAAAGAGCAAACAAGAUGAAGCUGAUGCUGAACUUUUGAGAAAAAAGAAAUAUGCAGAAGAUCAAAAAAUACAAGAAAAUAAAUUAUCAUUAGCACAAAUUAAUGGUCGUCUGUCAGAAUUACGAGAUAAGCGUGAUGAACUUGAAGAAGAAAAACGUGAAUUGCUGAAUCAGAACCAAACUAUUAUAAAUACAGUUAUAACAGUGCCUGAGCCUAAGUGUGCAAACUAUGAUCGUAAAUUAGUGACAAAAAUCAAAUUUAAAAGUAGUAUAGUCUCAGAUAUUGCUUUUCUCCAUCAUCAACAACAACAACAACAACAACAACAACAAGAACAAGAACAAUAUAUAUUAGACAUCCUGUCACCUUGUACGAAGCAUCCACUUGCUAUAAAAUUAAAGGAGUUAAGUCCAAUAUCGGAAUCUGUGGUAAUACCUACAGAUGUCAAAGACAGCAGCAAACAAAAUCGUUGGAUUAUGCAUCAACCAAAUUAAUUUUAUUUCAUCAAUAAUUUCUGAAAGAUAAGAAUUUAACAAAAUGUUUGUCACUGUAUUGCAGUAGUCCAUAUUUUAUUAGGAAUGGUAAUCUUAAUAAAUUGUUUUAAACUUAUAUUUUAUUUUAUUUUUCAUAAUGAAUUUUUUUUUUUAAUUUUUGCAUUAUAAUUUGUGACUUGUUUCCUUUUUAUUUAUCUAACUUUUUUUACGGUAUCAAAAACUGCUAUUAGUACUUUAAAUUAUGUUAUAAUCAACAUAUGGUCAAUUUUAACUUAUUAAACUUCCUCUUUCAUUAUUUAUCAUAGAUAUUCCACAAUUAAUAUUAAUAUAAUUUGAUAGUUUAAUUAAAAUUUAAUUUGUGAAGUUUUAUAUAUAUUAUUUUUAAAGCCAAAUUAAUAAUAUAUAUUGGUUAAUUUCCAUUACUAUAAAUUACUACCCUAGCUUUUUUUAACUAUUAAUUUAUUAAGAUCUUCAAUUUGUCCAGCAAUAUUGCAUUUUUAUUAUUUAAGUUUAAACUAUUAUUUACGAUCAUCUGAGUUUGUAUUCUUUUUAACAAGGUAGUUAAACAAAUGUCAAAUAUUAAAUUAUAAGUAAUAUUUUUGUAUACAUAUUGUUAUUAAAUAUAAGAUUACUAUAAGUCAUUCAUUAGAAUGGUCAUCAUUAGUGUUAUAGACUGAUAUUAUAAAAACAUUUAAUUUACAAAUAUUAAUUUUUAAUAAAAAUGUUCUUAAAUGAAAUACAAAAAAAAAACUGUUACAUUUUUCUAUAAAAUCAAUUUAAAAGGUUUAUUUGGUCUUUUGUAUUUAUUUUUGAAUGCUACCUAUAAAUUAAUAAAUUAUACUAAACGGUGUUCUACUAUUUAUGUUUUUAGCUUUAGGAUGUAAUUGAUAACAUUUUUUUAACUCAAUUUAGUACAUUGUUGAAUUAGACUUUAAAAAUUGUGAAAUAUAUUUUUUAUUCUAUAUUUUCUUAAUAAUUAUAAUAUUGGCCUACUCCCCCCUCCCUCUGGCCCUUAUUAUCUUUAACAUUAAUGUCAUGUUCUGUCCUAUAACAUAUUUCAAUGAAAUUCAUAAUAAAGCAUUGAUAAAUAUUAAUAAAAAAUAAUUAAUAAAUUGUGAAAAAAUCAAAAGAUACUACUUUAAUAAUAUGUUGUAACUAUAAAGAGAUGCUGUUUAUAAAAAUUGUUGUGUACUUUAAAAACAUUAAGGAAAAAUGUAUACUGAUUUAAUUAACAACUGAUACAAAUAAUAGAGUAGUUGUUACAAAAAAUAAUAUAAAAAAUUCUGAACAAAAAAUAUCAUAGAGCUACAUGACUGUAAAAUUAUUUUUUAUCAUGUGUAUUAUAAAUAUUUUCUGUUUUAUAUUAUAUAUUUUGGUGAACUCAAGAAAUCUAAAUAAUUAAUAUUUGUUAAUGUUUAUUAUAUUUUAAAUUAUUUUUUCAGAAGUAAAUUUAAUAUCAACCAUUAUAAACAAAUUAUAUUAUAAAUAAUAGGUAUGAAAAUUUGUAUAUUUUUUUACUGAGAUUCAUUUUUGUUAAAAUAAUAAAACAUUUGCGAAAAAUACACUCUUG